AUGACGGGGCAGGUGCUCGGCUUACUGGUGUGGGCUCUCAUCGCCGACACAACGUACCACCUCCACGCAGCAUACGGCUGGGUGAUGUUUGUGUCCAUCUUCUUCUGGAUAGUAACAGUCCUUUUCUUCGUGACUUACCUCCUGCAGCUUCAGCUGAAGUUCUACGUGAUCCCCUGGCCCCUCGUGCUGAUGAUCUUCAACGCUGUGGCAACCGUCCUGUACAUCACCGCCUUCGUAACGUGCGCGGCUGCCGUCCAGCCUACCUCGUGGCGGCAGUGGGAUUACAACCGGAGAGCCGCGGCCUGGGGUGUGCUCCUCUUCCAGUUCUUCGCCUGCCUUGCGAUGAUCGCCUACGGGGCGAGCACCUUCUUCAGCUUCCGCGCCUGGAAAGGACUCGGCAGCAACGCGGCCACCAGCCAAGUGACUGACCAUGCGUAA